GUAUCUGUGCACACCGUGAUGUUGGAAAUGCGCAGUUAAGCUCAGGUGGUGCGCAUGUGCGUGUGCGCGUGCAUGUGCUAUCCCAGAGAAGACAGUUCCUCCUCCUCUCGCGAGAUGACGCUGCAGGCUGCAGCCGGUCGUCGCUGCGAACCGGGCAGCUUCUUGCAGGAAAACGCAGGGGCAUGAACAGCGAAACCCUCGCUGUAAUCCUGCUGUGUUUUGAUUGUUUUACUGCGUUUACUAUACUAUUGCUUUUCAGCACACGCACAUUUUCUGAAAAAGGAAGAAAAACGAUGUGUCGAACAGUGGCAACCACUCCCCUCCCACUCUGGAUGUAGAUUGCACCAUGUUGGAUAAAACCAGUGCUGAAGACCAACCGACUGGGCACUGCUCAGACUGUGGCUGCAGCCUACCACGACCUGACUCUGAUUCAACCGACUCUCCAGCCCCUCGAAAUGUGGACAAAGCAGCCAGUACGUCCAAAUGUCCAUCCUGCCAGGCAGGCAACCGUCUCCCUAAUGGCCGACGUCUCCCUCAUGGGCGCCGACGCCGACGCCGACGCCUGGACCCUCACAGCUGCGGCCUGUGCUCCAAAACCUUCAUCUCCUCCACCCAUUUGACCCUUCACCUCACCUCUCACAGCAAGGAAAGGAAGUUCAGAUGUAGCACCUGUGGCAAGUACUUCCAUCAGAACUCCCACAUGAUUGCACACAAGAUAAUCCACAGCGGGGACAGGCCAUUUAAAUGCCCCGACUGCGGCAAGACCUUCGGCCGUGCUUCGCAUCUGAAAACCCACCAGCGUCUCCACACAGGUGAAAAGCCCUUCAAGUGCACCUAUUGUGACAAGUCGUUCACGCAGAAGGCCGGGCUCCUAGCACAUGUUCGACUACACACAGGGGAGCGGCCAUACAAGUGUGAGCAGUGUGGCAAGGGCUUUCGCUCUGUUUCGCUUCUGCUCUCACACAAGGCUGAGGAGGCAGCUGCCAAACCAGCACCGGCACUGAACCAGCCCCAGAGUGGCCUGGACAAUCUGAACUGUGGCGUCUGCUGCCGCACCUUUGUACGAUCGUCAUACAUCAGGCUGCACAUACGCCUCAACAAAGGGCAGCGGCCUUAUCACUGCAAAGUGUGCAACAAGACCUUUGCCAAGCUGGACACGUUCGUGAACCACUGUGAUAAACACUUGAGGCAGAAAAGGGAUAAAAGUGUGGUAAAGGAGGUUGAAGACAAAGUUGUGAAACCUUCCCUGUUUGUUCCACUCUCCAGGGCUCCUCCUGAACCCUUACCGGCUCAAUCUUUGUCCUCAGAGGUCAACACACGCUCCAGGGCAAAAGCAAAGAGCAAAACGGAGCCAUGACCAAGAGGAGUGCAUACACCAAGACAGAACAGUAGUGUCAUGUUAUGUUUAAACAUGAUUUGAGAACGGGUCAAAGAGCAAAUUUGAAGUUGAAACUCUCCCCAAACUACUGUCAUGUGAUUUAUAUCAACACAUUUUCCAUUUAUUUUGUUUAGAAUUUAUACAUGUUUUGUGUGAUUAUCUCUCCAAGUACCACAAUGUUUUUUUAAUGCCUCUUUCAGCUCAUAAAGCUAAUGGACAUUUGUGCCCGUAUCAUUUCAGUGGUGUACAUGUUCGCUCAAAACUUUUAAAACAGAUGGAUAACAGAAAAAAAUAUCUCAAACCAUUUUAUUCAUACUUAAUGUUUUCUUAAGCCAAAAGUCAUAUGCUGUACAGUACUCAAACAAAUGUCUGUCAAUUAAAUGCCAACAUGUAAUGCCUACAUUCACUGACCCUGAACUCAACAGAAGAUUGUUUUUGGACUCUCCACAUGAGAGGAAAAUACAAGCGAGCCAAUCCAAGGACAAUGUUUACAAGUUAACGGUCAAGUUAGUACAGGGAGGCUGAUGUAUGUAACAGUGACAUUGCAUGAAUUUAAUGUGAAUGAGAAUAAAACAAUGAACCAACA